AUGGAAACCCCUGGGGAGCCAGCAGCGGGACCUCUCGGAGCCCCCAGCCCGACCAGCUUUGCACCUGGGCACCUGGAAAAAAAAAAGCCAGCCCAGGACUCGCUGUACGACGUGCCGGAUGCCGGUGGGGGACAGGCAAGUGGGCCCCAGCGGCCCGGGCGCACCGUGAGCCUGCGGGAGCGCCUGCUGCUCACGCGGCCCGUGUGGCUGCAGCUGCGGGCCAACGCCGCGGCUGCGCUACACACACUGAGGACCGAGCCCCCGGGGACGUUCCUAGUGCGGAAAUCUAACACCCGCCAGUGCCAAGUCCUGUGCGUGCGACUGCCUGAGGCCAGCGGCCCCUCCUUCGUCUCUAGCCACUACAUCCAGGAGAGCCCUGGGGGCGUCUCCUUGGAGGGCUCGGAGCUCGUGUUCCUGGACCUGGUCCAGCUCAUCUGUGCCUACUGCCAUGCACGGGACAUCCUUCUCCUCCCGCUCCAGCUCCCCAGAGCCAUCCGCCUGGCAGCCACCCACAAGGAGCUGGAAGCCAUCUCCCAUCUGGGCAUCGAGUUCUGGAGCUCCUCCCUCAACACCAAGGUUCAGCCAGGCCCAUCUGAAGGCCCACUGCUGCCCCGGCUGAAGUCUCGGUCCCCACAAGAGCUGGACCAGGGCACCGGAGCCGCCCUGUGCUUCUUCAACCCACUGUUCCCAGGGGACCUGGGCCCCACCAAACGGGAGAAAUUCAAGAGGAGUUUCAAAGUGCGCGUGUCCACAGAGACCUCCAGCCCCCUGUCUCCACCUGCUGUGCCACCUCCCCCAGUCCCGGUGCUGCCAGCGGCAGCCCCCACCCAGACAGCAAGGUUGCCCCCUCGCCAGCUGCUACGGAGGGAGAGCUCAGUGGGGUACCGUGUGCCAGGGGGCGCUGGCCCCAGCCUCCCACCCCUGCCCUCCCUCCAGGAGUUGGACUGCUGCUCCCCCAGCAGCUCGGAGGAGGAGGGGGCACCAGGGUCCCAGAGGAGCCCGGUGUCCUCACCCCUCCUGGGCCGCCGGCGGCCCCUGCUUAGGUCCAUGAGUGCUGCCUUCUGCUCCCUGCUGGCGCCCGAGCGGCAGGUGGGCCGGGCAGCCGCAGCACUGAUGCAGGACCGCCGCACGGCCGUGGGCCAGCUGGUGCAGGAUCUGUUGACCCAGGUGCGGGCCAGCCCCGAGCCCCGGGAGCUGCAGGGUGUCCGCGAGGCGCUGAGCCGGGCCCGGGCCAUGCUGAGCGCAGAGCUGGCCCCUGAGAAGCUGCUGCCGCCCGAGAGGCUGGAAUGCAUCCUGGAGAAGUCGCUGCAUCGCUCCGUGCUCAAGCCUCUCCGGCCCAUCCUGGCGGCCCGCCUGCGGCGCCGGCUUUCUGCCAAUGGCUCCCUGGGCCGCCUGGCUGAAGGCCUCCGCCUGGCCCGGGCCCAGGGUCCCGGAGCCUUUGGGUCCCGCGUGAGCCUGCCCUCCCCCGUAGAGAUGGAACAGGUGCGCCAGAAGCUGCUGCAGCUGCUCCGGGCCUACUCACCCAGCGCCCAGAUCAAGCGGCUCCUGCAGGCCUGCAAGCUGCUCUACACAGCCCUGAGGACCCAUGCGGGGGAAGGCGCUGGGGCCGAUGAGUUCCUCCCACUGCUGAGCAUCGUCCUGGCCCAGUGUGACCUUCCUGAACUGCUGCUGGAGGCCGAGUACAUGUCAGAGCUGCUGGAGCCCGCCCUGCUCACUGGAGAGGGCGGCUACUACCUCACCACCCUCUCGGCCAGCCUGGCCCUGCUGAGCAGCCUGGACCAGGCCAUCCUUCCCCUGAGCCCCUCCCAGGAGCUGCAGCGCUCCCUCAGCCUCUGGGAGCAGCGCCGCCUGCCUGCCACCCACAGCUUCCAGCACCUCCUCCGAGUAGCCUAUCAGGACCCCAGCAGUGGCUGCACCUCCAAGACCCUGGCCGUGCCCCCAGGAGCCUCAAUUGCCACCCUGAACCAGCUCUGUGCCACCAAAUUCCGAGUGACCCAGCCUGACACUUUCGGCCUCUUCCUGUACAAGGAGCAGGGCUACCACCGCCUGCCCCCCGGAGCCCUGGCCCACGGGCUUCCCACAACCAGCUACCUCGUCUACCGCCGGGCAGAGCGGCCUGAGACCCAGGGGGCCUCACCUGGGGCUGCGGCAGAGGAGGGUGGUGGGGAGCCAGAGGCAGGGGGCAGGGAGGAGGGGAAAGGGGGCCCUAGAGAUGGGGACACCGUCAAAGCAAGUCCCAGGGACAGCAAGGGAGAGUCGGAGACAACUGCCCAGGGGGCUGAGGGGGUCAAGGGCCAGGCCAGGGGGAGCCCUGCUCAACCAGGGGCGCCAGAGGCUGAGGGAAGUCAGGCAGCAGAGGAGUAGCUGGGAGUGGCCAGAAGGGUCAUUUGGGGCAGAAAACUCUGAUCCUGCUGGGACAGCCUUUCAGAGCCAUCAGCCCCAGCAGCCAAGGCCACAGCUCCCUUAGCCUUCCCCACCCCAGGCUGGGGUCCUGUGUCUGCCACCACCUCUGUCUGCCAUGUAUCCCCAUGUUCACACUGCUGGAGGAGCGCCUGACUGGCCACGUCUGGGGCAUUGGAGUAAAGUUGAGGGGGUUUGGGGGGCUCCAGACCAAGGCCCCAAGGCCCUUUGCCCCUUGUCCUUCCCCAGCAGCUGGAGGCCAGUCAGCCUGCAGUGGUGAGUGUGCCCAACAGGGGACAAAUCCACCAGACUCCCAACCUGUGGCUGUGGAGGAGGGGUACAGCCCAGGGCAGGGCCACAGAGCAGCCCCUCCAGGCGGUGGCUUCAAGGCCCUGAGAGGCUCCACCCACCCCUGGGUGUCAGGAGGAUGCAGGGAGGCAGCAAGGGCUCGGGGACCAGUCCUGCCCCGACCGCCUGGAGAACCAGCACCUCCAAACCUCAGUGUCCUCACCUGUAAAGUGGGGGUGCUGUUGUUGCCCAGCCUUCUCCCAGAAGUCUUCUAGGGGCCAAAAUGGAUGGUUUUGCUGCAAAGCAGAGCUCAGACUAGGGGAAAGGGGAGGGAAGGAGGUGGGAUGUUAGCAACCCCCGCCCCCAUCCCUCCAAGGGUCUGUCCUCUGCUCUCACGAAGGGUGACGUUCUCCAGUCAGCCCAGGGGAGAGCCUGGAGAUCAGGUCCAGCCGAGGGACCACCGGCUUCCAGUCUUUCCCCAAGAUGGGAAGGUCUCACAGGCCCUCUGGGGUCCCAGGGGAAUUGGAGACAGGCUUCCGAACUGGAGGGGGGCUUGGAAGCCACUUUCUCUGCUCUUAACUCUUUUGGACCUCAAGAGCUUUACGAGAGGCAGGGUAUGGCUUAUUACCCACUGAGGUUCGGGAAUGUGACUCCUAAGGUAUCACACAACAGGCCAUUAGGGGUUCCCCCACCCAAACCAGGAUGUCAGGUUCCAACUACGUCCUCUAUUCUAAGCCGCCAAUAAAUUAACCUCAAGGCUCAGAGCAAGCAGCAAAUCUGAGCGAAGAAAAUGCCAUCAACGACCACAAGGGGACGCACGUGGCCCAGGAGGCUGCUGAGUGGGUGACCCCCCGGGGGCGAGGGCAGCUCCAGAGCCGCAGCAGCAGGUGGUCACGGGCUUUGCACUCCCGCCACUGCCAGGCAACCUGGGGACGAUGUGGGGGCUGGGGCUGCCAGCCCUCCGCUCCCUUAGCAUCAGGGGUCACUCCCUGGGAAGGAACCAUCCUCUGGUGGAAGGACCCCAGCCGGUGUCUGAGGUGCUCCCUUAGGUACUGAGCACAAAGGGACAUCAGCCCACAUGUCAGACAGACAGGACAACUGGAAGGUAGAAAUCCCGGGCAUUGGGAUUUCAGACAAUCCAGAUACAGCCCAGUGCAGGGCUCCCGAAUUUCUCACUGGGCCCCCGGCAGCUCUUCCCUCCCCACUUCCACGCCCCACCCCACCAAACUUCUCGCUGGUCGGGAGUCUCCCCGUCGUUCUUUUGUAUGUCCCCUCGCCCUACCCCGCGCCCCCCAGUGCCUCACACAGUGCUGGGCACUCCGUAGGCGCUCAAUAAAUGCUGUCCACUG